AUGAAUUUCGAACUUGCCACCCUCGUUGGUGCAGCACUGCUUUUAGUGCAUACCGUUGCGGCUGCUACCCCUUUGAGACCCAAUCUGCUCGAAAUUGGUGAUUUGCUCUCUGACAGCAGAAACACCAAUGCGCUUGCCUCUGCUGUGGGCCGCUUUAACGGUCGCUCCUCCACAAACUGCGUGUGGAAUGGGUGUACGGCUAAGCUUCUCGACCUGAACCUCAUCAACAAGAUAUAUGGACAAUACGUACAUGGUGUCAUACAACAAAUGGGGUGUAUUGAAAACACAAGAGGCAAGAAAAAGCAAUAUGGAAUGUAG